AUGCCUAUCGCAUUAGGCCUCGAAUCGUCCGCCAACAAGCGCAUCAUACUACACACGCCUGGCAAUGGACUACAGCCCUCAACUCCGCCUUCGCCACACGACAGUGCACAUUCGGAUGACGAGCGACUAUACUCUAACCCUAGAAAGACUUCUCCACCAGUCCAGAUCCUCGCAAACUUGAGACAUACAUUCCACUCGCCUCCCGGAACCGGCUUUCUCCCCAAGGACACCGCCGCACACCACCGGCAAUGGGUUGUUCGACUGGUCAAGCAAGCCAUGAAGCAGACCAACGUCCGGAUAGAGGAUAUCGACUGCAUAUGCUACACCAAAGGUCCUGGCAUGGGCGCUCCUCUAGCGGCGGCAGCACUGGCAGCUCGGAUGUUGAGCCAGCUCUGGAACAAACCGUUGAUCGGUGUCAACCACUGCGUUGGCCACAUCGAAAUGGGUCGCUCGAUCACCGGCGCAGACAACCCAGUCGUGCUAUAUGUCAGCGGCGGCAAUACGCAAGUGAUUGCAUACUCGGCCCAGAGGUAUCGAAUCUUUGGCGAGGCUCUCGACAUCGCUGUGGGCAACUGCCUGGAUCGGUUCGCUCGAGUUCUGAAUAUCAGCAAUGAUCCAGCGCCUGGGUACAACAUUGAACAGCUUGCAAAGAAUGGCAAGGUCUUACUAGACCUACCUUACGCCGUCAAGGGCAUGGAUGUCUCAUUCUCCGGGAUCCUCGCGCGUGUCGAAGAGCUGGGUCACCGCUUGGAGCAAGGCCAGCCUUGGAAGGAUGAAGAGACCGGUGCCGACAUCACCGCUGCCGAUCUAUGCUUCACGCUGCAAGAGACCGUCUUCGCCAUGCUUGUCGAGAUCACCGAGCGAGCAAUGGCGCAUGUUGGAGCAAGCCAGGUGCUGAUCGUAGGAGGUGUUGGCUGCAACGAGCGCUUGCAGGACAUGAUGGGCCUCAUGGCAUCCGAGCGAGGAGGAAGCGUCUAUGCGACAGACGAGCGGUUUUGUAUCGACAACGGCAUUAUGAUCGCACACGCUGGAUUGCUGGCGCACGGAAUGGGCUUCAAGACUCCAAUCGCCGAGAGCACAUUCACUCAACGGUUCCGGACGGAUGAAGUACUCAUCGAUUGGCGAGACUGA